AUGGUGACACGACGCUCUCAUAACAAGUCCAGACACGGAUGCUCUAGCUGCAAACAAAGGAGAGUAAAGUGCGAUGAACAACGACCAACUUGUGGCAACUGCACCCAACGACAAACGGAAUGUGUGUACUCUGCGGCAGGGCCAUACUUCUUCGCCGGCAAGCAAACGCGAAGAAGUAAAGUAGCAGAAUCAACCGCUGCUGCAGAUCGAAGCGCUUUGUGGGAUGCAACUUUGAACCAUCCACAGCCUGCAGAGGAACCAACAAGCUCGGCCUCUCUAGAUAUGGAACAGCUAGAGCUGGUACUCCAGUGGAUUCAACACACUCAUAGGCUUUUAGCCCGAAAUGAAGAAACCCGAAAAGUCUGGGAAAUUGCGGUCCUAGAAGAAGGCCUCAAAGCCCCGUUUCUAAUGCAUGGGAUCCUAGGAAUUUCUGCGCUGCAUUUAUCAUGCACUCGAGAACAUGAUCAGAGCAGAUGGCUGAGCGUUGCCAUAUCCCACAAGAACAUUGCACUAUCUAUGUUCUCUGAGCAGCUAUCCAAUAUCGACAAGUCGAACGCCAAAGCCAUGAUGGGUUUCGCCGGGCUUGUCGUCGUAUUCGGCCUUGGAAGCGCGCUCACCCCUGGAACUGACUCCGGCCCCAGUCUAGAGGCAUUGAUCGAGAUCUUCACGCUUUCGCGUGGAGUGCAAGCUGUCGUCAAUGAGGAGUUUCAAUUUCUGUUGCAGAGCAACUUCGCACCAAUUUUCCAAGCAACGCCUCCGGAGGUACCAUUUCCAGACCAUGUCGUGGAUGCAUUUGAUCAUCUGGUCGAGUUGAACAAUCAAAUCGGUCAGAAUGCAGAUAAUCAUGAUCCGAAAGGUUAUGAGCGGGCAAUCGACCAACUGCGACACCUCGCCGCAUUCACCUUAGCGGAACCUACAACAAUGACCCUUGUUGGCGGAUGGGCCAUACGAGUCACGCCAGAGUUCUUGGGUGCUUUGAGCUGCCGUGAACCACUUGCACUCGUGGUAUUGGCUCACUUUUGUGGGUUUUUGAACAUGGCCCAUGAAAAUUGGUGCGUCGGACCCUGGGGCUCCCUUGUUCUGGAUGAGAUCUGCCACUUGCUGCCGCCAGACUGGAAGCACCAGGUACAAUGGCCGAUUGACCAGAUCCAGAGAACACGAAAUGCUCAGUUGAACGACCCACUCACGACAACAUGA